AUGGCCAUGUUAAAAAACUUCUAUCCACAGUCAAGAUUUCUUACUCCCAAACUUUCACAUCAGCUACAAGCAAGCCCAUCAUUGCAAUCCAGACCAGCAAGUCCACUUUCUCAAUCGUUUCAGGAAGGAGCAACCUCGUCCAAAUCAACAAAAGUGACCGAUGGUAAGCGCCGAAGCAGAAUCGUUUGGGCUACAAAGGAAACUCAGAUUUUACUGGAAAUCUGCGGCACAAAAUAUGCAGAAAUUAAAAGUGCAUCCACCUCGCAGAAGAGAAAAAUAUGGGAACAGAUUUCUUGCGAGUUUGUAAUUGCCUGCAGGAGGGAGAAUAUAUCACAAAUCCAGCAGAAGUCUGGGGAACAACUUAGAAAAUGAGUCACUAACUUGGAGUACGAAUAUCGUCAAAUCAGGACAAGAAUGGACAGUACUGGAGAAGAAGGCGCUAAGAAAAUUAUGGGAACCUUCGAAUUUUUUCACUCUCUGGAUAAGUCCUUGGAUCGAGGCAUGGAGAUAAUCCUGCUUUGA